UGGUAUUUUUUCUUGGGGACACAGCGGCUUGCGGCGCCAUAUUGAAAGACACAAAGUAUUUUCAUAAACGCCUAAAAUAUCUAAUUUUCCAAAAUGCUGUAUCUAGAGGAUUACCUCGAGAGUGAGUAUUAGGUUUAUUUUACGCCUAGGUGGUAAUAUUUGUGUAUUUACUGCCGUAAAUGUGCAUAAUUUUAUCCGGAGCGCGCCCGGACUGUUAGCCUAGCAAUGCUAACUCCUAUAUUCGCUUUUUCUUCUCUCUGGCAGUGAUCGAGCAGCUACCCAUGGAUCUCCGCGACAGGUUUACGGAAAUGAGAGAGAUGGACCUGCAAGUUCAGAGUAUGCAUUGCUACAGCGUGACAGUCUCUAAACACUUCACCGGCGAGCAUUUUUCAAGUUGAAAAACACAUACUUCUCAGUUUCGCACUUUGUAGGCUCAUGGUGCAGAAUAAAGAAUCGAACUCUUAACACUAGUUAACGUUAGUUACCGGCCAAAUAAACAUUUGUUAAAUGCAGUAUUUGUAUAACUAACACAGCUAGCUAACGUUAGCGAACUUGGCUAAUAUAACAAUGCAACAACUUUCAGUAACCUGAGAAACAAGUUAGUGGGUUUGUAUGAUUCUAACUAGGGUUAUAGAAAUUACAAAAGAACAUCAUGUGUAUGUUAUGAUAUUUGUUUUCCAUAUAGAUGUCCAACUAACGAUUGCUAAUCAUGUGUGCAUGCACAUAAGUUGAACAAUGAAUGUAAACAAAGCAGGGUACAUGGAUUCGGAGAGUGCACAUCACAUGUAGUAUUAAUGUUAUACAUGUAGCUAGUUAGCUGUUUUAUCAUGUAACUUUAACUAGCUACAUACACACGAACUGUUUACUAGCUAGAACAUGCACCAAUAUUAAUUUAGUACAGUGGUUCCCAACCAGGGGUACUAGGACCCCUGGGGGUACUUGGCCUUUCCACAGGGGGUACUUGAGAAGACUCAUGAGACCAUAGGUCUUCUGGUAAAAUGCAUUUACUUCAGAGGUACUCCGGGCAAAGCAAAAUUCAUUUGGUGGUACAGUAAUCGAAAAAGGUUGGGAACCACAGAUUUAUUAGAAGUGGUUCGGUUCACUGGUAGUUUUAAUCACAAGUAGGCCGGUCCACGGACACCGCAUGUAAUAUUAGCCCUUCUGGUCAGCAUUGAAGUACAAGUAAAUAUGAAUUCAUCCACAUGCAUGCAGAGUAUAAACCCAUAUAAUUAGUGUCUCAGACACACCUGUCCAGAUUGCUCACUGCUCCCAUUUGCUGUAGAUGCCAUGGACCAGUUGGAGCAGAGGGUGAAUGAAUUCUUUGUCAAUGCAAAGAAGAACAAGCCAGAGUGGAGGGAAGAGCAGAUGGGAGUCAUCAAAAAGGUGCCAAAUAAAUCUAAGAUUUAUGUGUAUUUCCCUUUUCAGAAAUACAGUUUUGUUCUUUAAAUCCCCUAAAAAAAAUAAAAAAACGAUAAGGCUGUACUACCGCACUUUUUGUGGUGAGUCUUUGUGCUUUGUCGUUGACAUUUUAGUCAUUUAGCAGAUGCUCUUAUCCAGAGUGACUUUAGUGCAGUCAUCUUUAAGAUAGUUAGGUGGGACAACCACAUAUCACAGUCAUAGUAAGUACAUUUUUCCUCAAUAAAGUAGCUAUCAGCAAAGUUGAAGCUAGUAAGAAGAAAAUAAAAAGUGUGAAUUAGUUCAGGAAAGGCAUUCUUUCUUUUUUGAGAUGGUGUCAGCCUCUGACUGCUUUUUCUCUCUGUUUCAGGACUAUUAUAAGGCAUUGGAGGAUGCAGAUGAGAAAGUACAGCUGGCCAAUCAGAUUUAUGAUCUGGUGAGUUGGAAUUUGAAUGCCAAGACGGAGCUAUGUCUAACGAUGUCUGGUUUGUCUAAUGGGUCAUGGGAAAAAUGUAAAUGCUGUAGGUUGGUGUCAGCACAAAAAAUAUGGGAAUCACUUCUAUAAAAAGGUAGGGAUAAGGGGAGUUAGAGGAGAACCGUUGUCGCUGGUGGCCUUUUUCAAGAUGUCACCACUAAAAUAUAAAAUGUUCUGCUCAGAACUGUGCGUUCUCUGAUGUGCCACUAGGUGGCAAUCAAACACUGCAAAUUAUUUGGAAGUCACUAAAUUGUCAGUCUCUUCAGAUGUUUCUAAUAUUUAUUUUGAUAUUGACGUUUCUAUCUUUUGAUGUUGAUGUAUUUCAUAGUGAAUACUCAAUGUGUAAAAUCUUGGGGGGUUUGUUUAACACCUAUAUUGUCGGGAAUGAACAGUAUCGCAUAUUGAAGUUGUACCUGUAUAUUAUGACGUUAUUUACAUUUUAGUAAUUUAGCAGACGCUCUUAUCCAGAGCGACUUACAGUUAGUGAGUGCAUACAUUUUCAUACUGGCCCUCCGUGGGAAACGAACCCACAACCCAGGCGUUGCAAGCGCUAUGUUCUACCAACUGAGCUACAGUUAUGGUGUGUGUGUUCCAGGUGGACCGCCACCUGAGGAAGCUAGACCAGGAGCUGGCUAAGUUCAAGAUGGAGCUAGAGGCUGACAACGCUGGCAUCACCGAGAUCCUGGAGAGACGUGAGUCACACCUGUCAAUCACAACAUGUCAGGAGACCCAUCCCCUUCAUCUUAACCCUCUUGGCCCUAUCAGAAUGUUGGGCUGACAGGAUACUUUUUGCUAGUCUUGUUUCUGUUGCAAUUCCGCGAUAGUGGGAUAUUAUCAAUCUGCCCAUCGGGAUAUUUCAGCCCUGCUAGGGUGGCGGUAUUGACCUAAAAAUGACCCUGUUGAGUCAAGUGUUGUUUCUUGUGUCUGUCAGUGUUGUCACUGAGAGCCAGCUCUGACAUUGCCUCUCUCCUCUGUCAGGAUCCCUAGAGAUGGACAGCCCCUCUCAGCCCGUCAACAACCACCACGUCCACUCACACACCACCGUGGAGAGUAAGUACAGGUCUUGGCUGUUUGGCUGACUUUCUUUUGGAGUUGUUCCAUGUCAGUAGAGAAAUGUAUAUUGUUUAAGGAGCUUUGUUUGUAUAGAUGAUUUGCUGCUUUCCUACAGUGAGGGGAAAAAUUAUUUGAUCCCCUGCUGAUUUUGUACGUUUGCCCACUGACAAAGAAAUGAUCAGUGUAUAAUUUUAAUGGUAGGUUUAUUUGAACAGUGAGAGACAGAAUAACAACAAAAAAAUCCAGAAAACCCCUCACAAUGUUAUAAAUUGAUUUGCAUUUUAAUGAGGGAAAUAAGUAUUUGACCCCCUCUCAAUCAGAAAUAUUUCUGGCUCCCAGGUGUAUUUUAUACAGGUAACGAGCUGAGGUUAGGAGCACACAAUUAAAGGGAGUGCUCCUAAUCUCAGUAUGUUACCUGUAUAAAAGACACCUGUCCACAGAAGCAAUCAAUCAAUCAGAUUCCAAACUCUCCACCAUGGCCAAGACCAAAGAGCUCUCCAAGGAUGUCAGGGACAAGAUUGUAGACCUACACAAGGCUGGAAUGGGCUACAAGACCAUUGCCAAGCAGCUUGGUGAGAAGGUGACAACAGUUGGUGCGAUUAUUCGCAAAUGGAAGAAACACAAAAUAACUGUCAAUCUCCCUUGCUCCAUGCAAGAUCUCACCUCGUGGAGUUGCAAUGAUCAUGAGAACGGUGAGGAAUCAGCCCAGAACUACACGGGAGGAUCUUGUCAAUGAUCUCAAGGCAGCUGGGACCAUAGUCACCAAGAAAACAAUUGGUAACACACUACGCCGUGAAGGACUGAAAUCCUGCAGCACCCGCAAGGUCCCCCUGCUCAAGAAAGCACAUAUACAUGCCCGUCUGAAGUUUGCCAAUGAACAUCUGAAUGAUUCAGAGGAGAACUGGGUGAAAGUGUUGUGGUCAGAUGAGACCAAAAUCGAGCUCUUUGGCAUCAACUCAACUCGCCGUGUUUGGAGGAGGAGGAAUGCUGCCUAUGACCCCAAGAACACCAUCCCCACCGUCAAACAUGGAGGUGGAAACAUUCUGCUAAGGGGGUGUUUUUCUGCUAAGGGGACAGGACAACUUCAGCGCAUCAAAGGGAUGAUGGACGGGGCCAUGUACUGUCAAAUCUUGGGUGAGAACCUCCUUCCCUCAGCCAGGGCAUUGAAAAUGGGUCGUGGAUGGGUAUUCCAGCAUGACAAUGACCCAAAAUACACGGCCAAGGCAACAAAGUAGUGGCUCAAGAAGAAGCACAUUAAGGUCCUGGAGUGGCCUAGCCAGUCUCCAGACCUUAAUCCCAUAGAAAAUCUGUGGAGGGAGCUGAAGGUUCGAGUUGCCAAACGUCAGCCUCGAAACCUUAAUGACUUAGAGAAGAUCUGCAAUGAGGAGUGGGACAAAAUCCCUCCUGAGAUGUGUGCAAACCUGGUGGCCAACUACAAGAAACGUCUGACCUCUGUGAUUGCCAACAAGUGUUUUGCCACCAAGUACUAAGUCAUGUUUUGCAGAGGGGUCAAAUACUUAUUUCCCUCAUUAAAAUGCAAAUCAAUUUAUAACAUUUUUGACAUGCUUUUUCUGGAUUUUUGUUGUUGUUAUUCUGUCUCUCACUGUUCAAAUAAACCUACCAUUAAAAUUAUAGACUGAUCAUUUGUUUGUCAGUGGGCAAACGUACAAAAUCAGCAGGGGAUCAAAUACGUUUUUUCCCUCACUGUAUGUGAGGUCAUGAAGGUAGUAAAUAAUGUCAUGUUUGUGUGUGACAGAGAGGAAGUAUACCACGCAACCAAGCCACCACACUACAGAGCACGUCCCAGAGAAGAAGUUCAAAUCAGAAGCCCUGCUUUCCACACUCACGUCAGAUGCCUCCAAGGAGAACACACCGGGCUGUCGGACCAACAGCACAACGUCAGUCUCUAACAACGUGUACAGUGUGAACUCAUCCCAGCCCCUGGCCUCCUACAACCUUAGCUCUCUGACUGCUUUGCCCGGGGCUGGGGCAGGGGCCAUCACCAUGGCUGCAGCGCAGGCUGUACAGGCCACCGCACAGGUAUAAACACACACAUUCUCUCUCCCUCUUUCUCACACUCUAUCUGUCUCACAAACUCUCUCACACACCCCCAACUCCAUGGCCUUCUGAUUUAUUCAUAUGAGUGCUGCACUGAUGCGGAUCUGUAUCAGUGUCUUGAACCAGUCUGUCUGUUCUGAGAAUUAUCUUAUCUGAUCGGGACAAAUGUCCUUGAAUGUGUAACUGAUGUUUGUCCAUGUUUGACUGUAACUAACCCUGUUCAUGGCUAUGUGUGUCUCUCUCUCUCUGCCUUUCCCUCUCUGUGCCCUCCUUCUCUCUCCCCCUCCCCUCCCCCUCGAUGUCAGAUGAAGGAGGGCAGGAGGACUAGCAGUCUGAAGGCCAGCUACGAGGCCAUCAAGAACAAUGACUUCCAGCUGGGGAGGGAGUUCUCCCUGACCUCCCGGGAUGCCACAGGGGCCUACUCCACCUCUGCCCUGGCCAACACCCUCACCCAGACCCUCACCCCCGCCGGCUCAGCCGUCGCCUCCGACUCCCGCGGCGGACGCAAGACCAAGUACGACACAGCUUACAUGCACACACACACACAGCCUCCCGUACGCUCAGACAAGCAUGACAAGCCCUAGCUAGUGGUCUUCUCCAGUGAUAUCACAUCAUUUCAUGUCUUACUGAACCGUAUCAAUCCACCCUGCAUCACCCCACAUCAGAAGAACAGACGUCAGGCCAAAUCACGCUACAUCAUUUCAGUGUCCAGUCCCAUGAUGUCACGCCACAUUAUGCCAGCCAUGCUUUUCAACUCUGCCCCCACAGCAUGAAUAAAUGAAGAUGUGAAGAUGAAAAAUUGAGAGCUUGUCUAAACUGCUCAGUCUUCUCUCCCCUGCCCCUCCACAGAGGCAACACCAAGUCUUCCAACCACCAGUCGUCAUCCUCCUCGUCGUCUUCGUCCCUGUCGUCGUGCUCCUCUUCCUCAGCCCUGGCUCAGGAGCUGUCCCAGCAGGCCUCGGCCCUCCCAGAGUCUGAGACCAACAACCAGGUGGACUGGACCUACGACCCCAACGAACCCCGCUACUGCAUCUGCAACCAGGUACACACAUCCAGAGACCCACUCUCUCUCACACUCUGGACAGCACACACCUACUGCUGACAGGUUAAACUAAAAUGGUUUCUCUUUUGUUAAAGGUGUCUUAUGGAGAAAUGGUGGGCUGUGAUAACCAAGACGUAAGUACCCAUUUCCAUUUGGGAGUGCUUUUCUCAUAUUCUACAACUGUUACCUCAUUACUUUCACAUAGGACUUUGUCAAAUGAGAGAUGAUGCAUGAGAGCUAACCUGAGUGCCCCGUGUGUGUUUGUGCAGUGCCCCAUCGAGUGGUUCCACUACGGCUGCGUGGGCCUAACAGAAGCCCCCAAGGGGAAGUGGUACUGCCCUCAGUGUACUGCCGCCAUGAAGAGGAGAGGCAGCAGGCACAAAUAGACACCCCACCUCUACUACCCCUCUCCUCAUCCAGGACCACCCCCAUCCCAUUCCACAUCCCUACCCCGCAAAACCAACUGUCAAUGCUAUAUCAACUGUAGUUCCUCCCAAACAAGUGUGUGUACCUGUUGUGGCCACACACACAGUAUUCUUAUCCACCUGUCUGUCUGUGUGACCUUUCAGGGGUCAAAACAGUGGGGUCAAAGGUUGUUAUUGCAGAGUCAAUCCUGUGUGAGUAUUUGGAUGAGACACCUGACUGGAAAAUCAAAACAAGGAGCCAAGACUCCAUGAAUCCUCACCCCCUGGUUGGGUGUCCAUUGCCCCCCCUCCUCCCUCCUGAAUUUUGAGCCUUGGCGCACCCCUUCUCUCCCACAUUCAUCAGACAUUCCUCGCCUUUCCCCUUGUGACAGGAAGGGCCAUACACCCCUCCUGCUUCCACACCGGCUGCAACAAGAAGUGCUCAUUACAGUAAAAUGCCCACAGGGGAAAUGACACAGACUGGGAAAUGUAGUCCAGGGGUGUUUAUUGGACUACAAAACCCAACCCCCUCUACAAGUUUUGAUUUUAAUUCUUAAAACGAAUUGAUGAAACGCAACUAUGACUUUGAAAAGAUGAGGAUGUUGAUUGGGACGGUGGUCAUUUCAGGUAACGUAUGGUUGAAUAUGACUGACCCUCCACGAUUGAGUCCUGUAAAGCUGAAGAGGUCAGAAUGUACAGUGUAAGAACAGUCAUAACUGAAGCGUGUCUGUGAGUGUAAGUGUUUCUGUAUGUGCGUGUGUAUGUCACUAGUCAUUCUGUACUGAGAUGGUGUGUAAAAGUUUCCAGAGAUGUAAAAAAAAUACAAUAAAAUGGAUCAAGU